AUGUCUAACAUCGUGGAGAAAGUUUCUGACGCCGUCACCGACGUUACUGCCGCUCUUGGCAACACAUCCAUCUCUGACAAGCCCGCCGAGACCACCACUGGUGAGAAGGCUGCCAACACUACCACUGACAAGGAAGCCGUGUUGGCAAGCGCUGCAGAGGGAAGAAGACUCUACAUCGGUAACCUCGCAUAUGCGACCACCGAGGGGGAGUUGCAAGCCUUUUUCAAGGGAUACUUAAUUGAAUCCACCUCUAUCCCAAAGAACCCACGUACUGACCGCCCAGUCGGAUAUGCUUUCGUCGACCUUUCUACCCCAACUGAGGCCGAACGUGCUAUCUCUGAGCUUUCUGGAAAGGACAUCCUUGACCGCAAGGUCUCUGUCCAACUUGCUCGCAAGCCAGAGACAAAUGACAAGACCGAGGGUGCUGCUAGCGGAGGAGAGGGACAAUCUGGUAAUGAAGGUGGACGCCGCAGACAAUCUGGUCGAGGACGUGGUCGUGCCCGUGGACGUGGAGGACGCCGUGGCAAUGCUUCCCGUACUGAUGAGAGCGCUGCUGAGGCACCUGCCGCCGCUUCCGAGGUUCUUCCUUUGACCGAAACCACAAACCAGGCUACUACCGAGACCAAGGAGACCAAGCCACAAAACACUCGUGCUCCCCGCGAGCGUCGUGAGCGUGGCCCUCCAGCUGAUGGAAUUCCAUCCAAGAACAAGGUCAUGGUUGCUAACCUACCAUAUGAUCUCCACGAGGACAAGCUCAAGGAACUCUUCGCUAUCUAUGAGCCAACCUCUGCCAAGAUCGCCCUUCGUCCAAUCCCCCGUUUCAUGGUAAAGAAGCUCCAAGCCCGUGGUGAACCCCGUAAGGGUCGUGGCUUCGGCUUUGUCACUCUCUCCAGCGAGGAACAACAACAAAAGGCUGUUGCUGAAAUGAACGGAAAGGAAAUCGAAGGUCGUGAGAUCGCCGUCAAGGUCGCUAUCGACAGCCCAGACAAGACCGAUGAUGAUGUCAACGCCAACGCUGCUAAUGCUACCGCCGAGACUGCCGCUGCUCCACCAGCCGGUGCUGAAACUGUUUCUGCUUAA